AUGGCCGCGGCCACGUCUAACCCCUACCUCCCCGGCACCGGCAUCCUGGCGGCCGGCUCCAUCGUCCACGCGGACUCGGGCGGCGGCGGCGGCGGCGGCGGCGGCGGCAUGCAGCCGGGCGGCGUGGCCGUCACCUCGGUGGCGGCGGGCGGCUACCGCGGCGACCCGGCGGCCAAGAUGGUCCAGAGCGACUUCAUGCCGGGCGCCAUGGCCGCCAGCAACGGCGGCCAUAUGCUGAGCCAUGCCCACCAGUGGGUGACAGCCCUGCCCCACGCCGCCGCCGCCGCCGCCGCCGCCGCCGCCGCCGCCGCCGAGGCCGGCUCGCCGUGGUCCGGCAGCCCCGUGGGCAUGACGGGCAGCCCCCAGCAGCCGCCGCCGCCGCCCGACGUGAAGGGCGGCGGCGGGCGCGACGACCUGCACUCGGGCGCGGCGCUGCACCACCGGGCGCCCCACCUGGGCCCCCCGCACCAGGGGCACCCGGCGGCCUGGGGCGCGGCGGCGGCGGCCGCCCACCUGCCCUCCAUGGCCGGCGGGCAGCAGCAGCAGCAGUCGCUCCUCUACUCGCAGCCCGGGGGCUUCACGGUGAACGGCAUGCUGAGCCCCCCCCCCGGCGGGCAGAGCCUGGUGCACCCCGGGCUGGUGCGCGGCGAGACGCCGGAGCUGGGCGAGCACCCCGGGCACCACCACCACCACCACCACCAGCACCCCGGGCACCACCCGGCGCACCACGGCGGCGUCAACAGCCACGACCCGCACUCGGACGAGGACACGCCGACCUCCGACGACCUGGAGCAGUUCGCCAAGCAGUUCAAGCAGCGGCGGAUAAAGCUGGGCUUCACGCAGGCCGACGUGGGGCUGGCGCUGGGCACCCUCUACGGCAACGUCUUCUCGCAGACCACCAUCUGCCGCUUCGAGGCCCUGCAGCUCAGCUUCAAGAACAUGUGCAAGCUGAAGCCUUUGUUGAACAAGUGGCUGGAGGAAGCCGACUCCUCCACGGGCAGCCCCACCAGCAUCGACAAGAUCGCGGCGCAGGGCAGGAAGAGGAAGAAGCGGACCUCCAUCGAGGUGAGUGUCAAGGGGGCCUUGGAGAGCCACUUUCUGAAAUGCCCCAAGCCCUCCGCCCAGGAGAUUACGAACCUAGCGGACAGCCUGCAGCUGGAGAAGGAGGUGGUCAGGGUUUGGUUUUGCAAUCGGAGGCAGAAAGAGAAACGGAUGACCCCCCCGGGGAUCCAGCAGCAGACCCCCGACGAUGUCUACUCGCAGGUCGGCACCGUCAACUCCGACACGCCGCCCCCUCACCACGGACUGCAGACGAGCGUGCAGUGA